AUGUGCUCCACCCUUCCCAGAGACUCGCUGAACCGGCCUCGAUUCCCACAGCCGCGGGUCCUAGAGCCGUGGGAAGGAGAUAAAAGAGUUCCAGGAGUCAAGCUGUGUGGUAGAGGAACUCAGACACCAGCUUCGCUUCAUGUGACAAGCAGAUAUUUAAUAUUAUUUCUGGUCUGUUAUCAUUGCUCUUUGUUUCCAAGACUCAGCUAUUUUCGUAAUAGAAAACCAAAUCUCCAGCGAGGAACCAAGCAGCCGCUUGUUUAGGGCUUGGGCUGGCCUUGCCUAAAUGCCUAAAGGACAUUCAGGGUGCGUCGUGAAUCUUUUUAUUAUAAAGAGAUGUGCGUCUGAAAAGAGGUUACUAAGCGGCCCUGAAAGUGCAAAAUGUUUAAAGAACACUUUGGGAAGCACAUAUUCCAGGAAACAGAAAGCUGGUCCAAAGCCCAAGCCCAAGAAUGUGUUUGACUUCUCUAAUAAUACUGGUGUCUCAAGCAUACUGGGAGAACUCGAGGAAGAAGAGGAACCUUACGAAACCUUCGACCCUCCUCUGCACAGUACUGCUAUCUACGCAGAAGAUGAGCUAUCCAAAUCCUGUGUGUCCUCCACCUCCCCAGCCACCCACAGAGGGAAGGAGAGCAGACACUUGAACUCUUCUGAAAAUGAAGCAAGUGGAAGUGAGCCUAUAAAGCUCAGCAGGAAAAAGCCAAGGAGAAAGCUGGAGUCCAUCAGUCAUGAGGCUGCCUCCUCUGAAGACAGUGUAAGGAGAACGGCAUCUGCCAAAGGACGAAGGUCAGGGCAGCCCCAGGCUGCUCCUGCAGCCUCAUCCUCGUCCCCUGAGAGGCCAGCCAAGCCGGUCACUCCCAGGAGGACAAGACUCCGCAGGGCUCAGUCCUCUGCAGAAGAAGAGACUCCAGCAACCCAAAGUCAACUGAAAACUCGGAAGAAAGUGAGGCUGUCUCCUGGCAGGAGGAAGAGACCAAGGUGCGGAGCCACAGAUUCAGAUGCCUCUGAAAGUAUGCGUAUUUGGUGUCUGGAAGGAAGGAGACCGAGUGAUAUCAUGGAGUUGGAUGUCAUUUUGUCUGAAUUUGAGGAAAUCUUCCUGGAAUAUAAGCAAAGAGUAGAAUCUGAAAGUUGUAAUCAAGCCAUCAACAAGUUUUAUUUUAAAAUUAAAGAAGAACUCAUCAGAACGCUUAAAGAAGUCCAGAUGUUAAAAGCCCUGCAAAGGAAGAACGCCAAGGUAAUUUCCGACAUGGAAAAGAAGAGGUGGCGUUUACUUGAAGUCCAGGAUGAACUGAUUCGAUUAGAACCACAACUGAAACAACUACAAACAAAAUAUGAUGACCUUAAGGAGAGAAAAUCAUCACUUAAGAAUUCCAAGCACUUCUUAACUAAUUUAAAACAGCUGUAUCAAGAUUAUUCAAAUGUUCAAGAGAAAGUGCCAAAGGAAAACGAAAAGUAUGAUUCAUCUAGCCUUCCAGCUCUGUUAUUUAAAGCAAGAAGCAUUCUGGGAGCUGAGAACCACCUGAAAACCAUCAACUAUCAGCUGGGGAAGCUCCUUGAGCAGGACUGAGAAACUGAGUCUCCUGGUGUCUCUUCUCCUGAAACCACGCUCCUGACAGCCAUGCCUCUGCUGACAGUAGUGAGGCCUGCUAUCAGGGCGUACUACCAUUUUGUCAUUCAAACUAAAUUACACCUCUUCAGUUGUCUAAUAGUUCAGAAGGUAUAGCCAUAUUUCUGAGUAUUGUGUUAAUAAAUUUCAAUCUCUUGACACGUU